AUCAUCUUGUUUAUUACCAUCACCAAACACCCCUGGGACCUGUUGUGAUUAGGCCUCCAUAUGUCUGACAUGCGUCUGUUCUGUUAAACAUGUCACUUGAGCCUCUGCCCUUUAGAGAUCUAUCUGAGCAUCUAUAAAUAUAAUGUGUGCUCGUACUUCUGGUGGAGCCUCCAGGAUGCUUCUCCUCCUGAACGCCACCGUCCCUCUGUCGGUGGACUUCGACACUGCGGAGGACUUCCUCAUCUUCAUCUUCCACAUUCUGUUCGCCACCAGCGCCGUGCUGGUCGCCGGCUCGGUGGUCAUCGGGAUCUCCUCCACUCGGUCUCUGCGAGGCCAGAACCGGUUCAUAUUCAUGCUGAACACGAGCAUCAGUGACACUCUGACCGGCUUCUCGGCCUACUACCUCGGCCUCUUUGACGUCCAAGAGGGCUACCCCUCCAGAAACGGAACGUUCUACAUUCUACCCUCGUUUCUCGGUGUCAAUGUGUUAACCUUCCUCUUCGCGCAGUUCGACCGCUACUUCGCCGUGUGCCAUCCAUUCUUCUACAAUCGCUACAUUACGCGCUCUUUCGUUAUUGGAAUCUGCGCGUUCUGUUGGAUCUACACCUACUCCAUCCUCACGGUGCAGAACAUGGUGCCCAUUUCGAAGGCGGCUCAAAUAAACGCGUUCGGUGUGAUGACUCUGCAGAUUAUAGUGCUCGUUAAAGUGUUGAUGACUGUUAAAUUGUAUGUGAUUGCCAGGAACCACCUGGUGAGAGAGGCGCCCAGCGCGGAGAGAGACAACAAGAAGGAGUCGCUGCGCAUCAUUGUGUUUGUGGUGAUCUGCUUCUUGGCUCUGUGGUGUCCGUCCUUUGUUAAUAUCAUUGUGAGACAGCUGACGAGGAAAGGUCUGAGGUCCAGGAAUGAAGCCACCAACCUGUUCGCCACCAUGGCGCGCAUGAACGCACUGGUGACUCCAGCUGUGUACAUCUGGGGCAGUCCGGCGCUGCGGGAGGCCGUCUGGAGAACAGGGUGGAGGAGGAUCUGCACCUGCAGGAGGGCGAGAAUUGGCUUUAACUUUGAUGGAAUGAAGAAGCAGCCAGCAUCAUCAUCAUCAUAAGGUAUCAUAAGGAGAAAGGAUUAAAUGGCGCUGAUGACGUAAAAGUGACACGUGUUUCAAUCACAUCUGAAUGUUCAUUAUGUAAAAUGACUGAAACAAAACGCACUCGACAGAUUGCGCAGUUGGACCUUUUUUGCGUGGGGAUUAGUCAAAUGUGAAAUAUGGACUGUGUUUGGGAUGAGGAGAGGACAGUGUGUGUGUGUGCCACUGCUGCAUGUUUCGAGGGCUGUGUGGGGCUAAGAGCGCUAAAUCUGACAUUUCAUUUGGAAUCGAUGUUUUGCACAUGAAACACGCCUGUUUUGUUUUGUUUUGUUUUUUGAAGGGGGGGGGUUCUAUAUUCUAUUCUUUAUUUUUAUUAUUAUUAUUUCUUUUCUUAAUUUAAUUUCAAUUUUGAAUGUUGAAGUUGUUUUCUCUAGUGUACGUAAUGAGUUCAUCUAUAAGCUCAGUAUUUAAAAAAAAUUGUUUAUAAACUAUUUACGAAUCGUAAAAUUGCAUAUAUGAAAACAACCUCGAAAAAAGGGAAAAAAUAAAGUAUAUGAAAAAAAAAAGAAACCCACCUGUCAUAUUUGUCAUAACAGAAUAAAAUAAAACAUUCGGAUCACCCUUUUCUUUAACACCCCCCUGUAUUGCUUAGCUUGAAUUUGGAAUAUGGAUUGUGUUUUAUUUACUGGUAAACUCAUGUUCAUCCAGGUGUUAACAUUGCAGGUUAUGAGAGCCUGUUAUUCCCCUGUAUUCAGUGUCUUAUACUUAAGUUCGGAUGGCAUUUUGCUCAUGCAACUCUCCAUUACGGGUAAAAUACUGUUAAAAUAAACAUUUGAAUUAUUUAUGCCAUGACAGACGAUAUCAACAUUUGAGGUUAAUUGAUCACAUACAGUAGUAGAAUAUAUCCCGCAGUUUUUUUGUUUUAAUUUCUAAACCCACCCAGGCCUGAAUUUACUGUUGCUAUAUGCUGUUUAAUCAUACUCGACCACGUUUGAGUUUCAGUUUAAGUUUAAGAUGAUUGCAUUGCCCGAAUUUGAAGAAACAGUGUUCAAGUGGACUCAUUCCUCCUCGGUUGUGUGUAGCCAGCGAGAUAUGUUUAUUUAGUGAUUUGUUUCGUAGCACAGUUUAUGUGUGAUGCUAAUGUCAUUAUUCUGUUACAGAACAGAUUACAGUCCAAAACCGCCGAGGCGAAGCUCUGCUGCUGGGCGCUGGCGUUGAGAUGGAACGUUGUAAUACAACGUUCCAAUGGAACGUAUACAUUGACUUUCACUUCUUCUACGUUCUUUGUUUGUCACUAGACUUUCAACGUUCGAUAUAUUACGUCACUUAAUCUGCGCUUCGUUCGUUCUACUACGUCACUUGUUCUGACCAAAUGCAAACAAACAAACAAAAAAAACGGCGCUAUUCAACGUGUCUGUUGUUUGCAGAAACUUAUUAUGUCAACUUGUUUUUGUGCAGUGGAGCACCGCGGACAGCUCCGCUGGCAGCCGCAGGUUCAUGACCUCGGUCAGCUCCGGAUUCUUGUUGUUAAUAUGAUUUCUCCUCCACAAGACGGGCCUUGAUGGUUGUGGUGGCAGGAGGCUCAACUUUAAUAGCUAUAAUCUUUCUAAUCAAUACAAAAGGUCACUUAACUUCUGUAGUUUUUUUUUCUAUUGUUGUUUGAAUUGAAAAUAAUUCAAAAAUAAAAAUGGAUCACAAGGGCAAAGCGCGAUGGGACGUCAUUGAUCAU